AUGUCCGACAAAUUCGAAUCGAUCAAGUCCAUCGUCACCGGUGCUGUGCAGAGUAAGGAGUUCUUGUUUGCGAGCGGUCUUACGAUUGCGGCCAUGGGAUUGUUCACGGCGCCAACGGGCAAUUGGUUCCUUACUUCGGAUGAGAGUAUGAUUAUCAAAGAAGAUGAAUCCGUGUUCGUCAAGAAGCACAGCUCGCUAGAUCAACCCUCCGGAUGCCGAGUUUUCUACAGACGACACACGAAGGAACAGGAUCUGCCUAAGACGCUUCCUCUCCUCAUCUUCAUUCAUGGCCUUGGAGGCCAGCUAAACCAGUUUGAAGGAUUGCUGGAGUUCUUCGCGCAAUCGUCACAUGUAAUGGCGAUUGACAUGCCCGGCUGCGGCCGUUCACGAACAGCCUGGGGUUGGGAACCAUACAAGACAGAAUCGCUGAUAAAAACGCUCACCGACGUCAUCACCCGCCGUAUGAAACAGGAAGGACACAAAACUUGUGUGCUCAUCGGACACUCCUACGGGACGAACCUCGUUGCGAGAUUAUCGUCCAUACUCCACUCGGCCUGCCGCGGCCUCGUCGCCAUGGCUCCGGGUGUGAUGACGCCGGAGAAGAUGAAGUUACGUUUGGUCGCUGCCAGGACGCCGGAAUUGAUGUUCGAUGUGUAUCGUCGGAAGGACAGGAAGGGUGGCUUGAGGUCUAUGUCGGUGAAGCGUAUGGUCGCCUCGACGGCGCCGAAUGAGAUGCGGUUGCGUCAGUUGCGGUGGAAUUUACAGUCACAGACGUAUGUGUGGAGGAGAAUGGUGUACGGGAUGGUACCGGCGGAUCAGGCGGUGUGGAAUGCGGUUAAUGUUCCCGUAUUGCUGAUGGGCGGAGAGGAGGAUGCUGUUACUGCGGUCACUGGUUUGGAGAUUAUUUAUGGGUGGUUGAACGAGAUGGCGAAGAAGGCGAAGCCGAUCAUUGUGAGGCAUGCUGGACACUCACUGUUGGCGGAGAAAGUGGAUGAGGUUGCGGAGGAGAUCAACCAUUUCUUGAUUGAGCAGGUUGAGCCGGAGCUGGAUUAUGGUCGACAACAGAAGAUCUUGGACGGAACAGUCGAGAUCUAA